CUGGGUACUAGAGGUAGCAGCAAAAGUAGACUGUAGAGGGAGGUAUCCGCAGCAGAAGCAUCCCUAAUUGAAGCUCGCUUCUCUCCCAAUGGCUCCCAUCACGCAUGCCAUGCUCCAAAAGCGAGCUGAACACAACGAAGGAAUUGUCUCGACACUGAAGGAGGUGUCCCUGCACCAGCAGGACAUUGAGCGGAUUGAGGGCCUGGGCCAGCUGUGCCGCCAGCUGGAGAUCCUGUACCUACAAAACAACCUGAUCAGCAAGAUUGAGAACCUGGAGCGCCUCAAGGAGCUGAACUACCUGAACUUGGCCGUCAACAACAUCACGCGGAUUGAGGGCCUGGAGCGCUGUGAGUCGCUGCGCAAGCUGGACCUCACAGUCAACUUUGUGGACAAGGCCGGCCUCCUCACCAUACAGCGCCUGCGCACCAACGCCGCCCUGCGUGAGCUGUAUCUCACGGGCAACCCCUGCCAGGACGUCCCCGGGUACCGCCAGUAUGUGGUGGCCAGCUUGCCUGCCCUGCAGCGCCUGGACGGAGUCGAGAUUACAGCGUCCGAGCGCAUCGCCGCAGCUCAGGCGCUGCCGGCCAUCCACGCACAGCUGCAGGCCGAGCUGGAGGCGGAGGGCGUGGAUGUGCCCGCCCUGCUGCGCCCCACUGCCAGGCGUGGCGGCCCCGCAGCAACGCCUCCGCAAGAGGCCCACGACGAGCUGGAGCCGGCCUGGGACGCUGCCGGAGAAGCGGUGCGGCCGUACUCCGCUGCGACCCGCCUGGCCGAGCACCGUGAGAUGGCCGCGCUGCGUGCAAAGGCGCAAGAGCAGCAGGAGCGUACUCGAGAGGGCGCCCUUGCUGGCGAAUCUCGCCCGCCUCCGCGCCAGGGCUUUGACCCGCUGCCCACCGCGGGGCGCAUCUAUCAGAAGAACGAGGGCAGGUGGGACUUCACUUUGGGCGAGGCUGCGGACGGGGCGGCGUGCGUGCUGGACGUGGCGGUGGGCCGCUUCCUGGACAGCAGCCUGCUGGCAGUCGACGUGCAGCCGCGCCUCGUGCGCGUCCUCAUCAAGGGCCGCCUCCUGCAGCUCGCCCUCGCAGCCGAGGUGUGCACCUCGCGCAGCGUAGCACAGCGGUCGCAGACGACGGGCCAUCUGGUGGUCACCAUGCCCCUCGCCUACCCGCACCUCGUGCCGAACCCGGUGCUCGCCCCGCCGCGAGCACCGCUGGCAGCCCGGGACUCCAAUGGGCGGGGCAGCCGGCAGGUCGAGGAGCGGGGCGGCAGAGGCGGGGCCGUGUCCACGCGCAUCCUGGCCCCGGAGAACAGCGAGGCGCAGGGCAAGCCAGGACCCGAGCAGGGGGCCGACCGGCGACCCGCCCAUCCCGGCCCCCGGGCAGGCCUCCCCGAGAAGAAGUCGUCCAUCAGCCGGAGCGGCGCUGCCGACACCGAUAUCCCGCCCCUGGAAUAAAGUUGGCGCAUGCAGUCGUCCUCGCGAGGGGCAGAGAUUUCCGGGCGGUGCGCGCGCUUCUUUCCUACACGGAGGCAGAGUCGCUACCGGGAAACUGGCAUCGGUAAUGACCGUUCGAAGAACCCCUAGCCGGAGGCACCGGGCCGC